UCAAUCAGCAGCAGCAGCUUCUCUGUGGUCUGCAGGGGCUGAUGGGAGUUUCCAGGAGCUGCUAGAAAGCAGCUUUUCCUGCUCUGGUCUCACAGCUCGUCCUUGUUGGGUCUGGGCUGCAUCAGAGCUCCACUUCUCCCCAGGUUCACCAGAGGAAACACCACGGACCAAAAUGCUUUUCCUCCCAGCUGCUGCUCUGUGCUGUCUGUGUUCAGCGCUGGUUGCCAUGGCAGCAGAGCUGGUUCAGGACGAUGUAACACUGACCAGGAGAAUUGGACAAAGUGUCUCCUUCAGCUGUGGACGAACUGAUCAGUGUGAUGGUGACUACAUAUUCUGGUAUCAGAAAAAAGAAAUGGAAACUUUCGGAUUGAUUUUCCCAAUUGACAUUAACUGUCAAACUUAUUCAGGCAACAAUCAUCCUCAGGAAGCAGAUUUCUCAGCUGAAAAUACACAGAACGGUUGUUUGUUGAAGCUAAACAGAGUUAAACUGGAUCAUUCAGCCACCUACUACUGCAUGUGUUGGAAGAGAGUCGCCCACAGAUACGGGUACUACUUCAUCUUUGGACCUGGAAGUAAACUGUAUGUAACCGAUGAGCAGGCAGUGAAGCCCGUGGUGAGCGUGUACCCAGCAGCAUCCAGAGUCCACCUGGGGGGGGGCAGCUCCCUGCUGUGUGUGGCCUCAGCCAUGUUUCCUCCUAGGGUCCGGUUCUCCUGGAAAAGACAGAAGAAGAACGGCCCGCUGGAGGACGUCCCCCCUGCCGAGGGAGAGCAGGUGGAGCUCAGAGAGCCGGGACGCAGCGCCUCCAUCAUGGUGGUCCACCGCCUCCAUCAGGACACGUACAGAUACAGCUGCUACGUCAAGCACGAGGGCGGCACGGUGGAGGUCCAGACACAAGGUGACGGAGGCUCGGUGACUACAGCAGAGGACGGACAUAUGUCCCUGCAACUCCCAACAUUUUCCUUCUCUGUUUCAGAGCUUCCAGGUUCAGGGUUCUUCCAGACUGAGUGCAGGGUGAAGCUGCUCUGCCUGCUGUACACAGUGCUGACCCUGAAGAGUCUGCUGUACUGCUGUGGACUCUCUCUGCUGAUGGUCCUCAGGAACAAGGGGUCGUCCACCAACUGAACACAUGCUGACUGGUUUCUCUGAUAAUCUCACUCAUCACAUCAUUUAUACUCUUGAUAUACACAAAUGAUUAACCAUCUUGGUGAUAUUUCUAAUUUUUACAGCAUUUAUUUUUCCUUUUUUCCUUUUUAAUAUUCUGUAUGCGCACAGUUUGGAAUCUGAUUCACGUUUAAUCAAUAUUAUCGUCA